AUGCCUCCCUACUCGAUCACAAAAAUUAGAAAAAUNCUUGAAGCACAGUUUGUUUUGACAACAAGAAAUGCUGAAGGAGAACAAUGUUAUGAAGCGCGUGACUCCAUAACAGUGGGAAUCAAAAAUCAUCAGGGAGAGGAUUGUGUGACGAAAGUGCGAGUCCAAGAUAACAAAGAUGGCAGCUACAAGAUCAGUUACUUCGCUAAAGAAACUGAAAAACGUGACUUGUCAGUGAAGGUAAAUGAAGAUCACGUUUAUGGCAGCCCUUUCGUUGUUGAAGUUAAACCCAGACAGUUUAGACCCGUGCUAUCGUUUGGGCAACGAGGGUCAGCUGCUGGAAUGUUUAACGGUCCACGGGGAGUGGCAGUGAAUAAAAGUGAUGAAAUUGCAGUGACUGAUGAAGGUAAUAACAGAAUUCAAAUAUUUAGUAGUGAUGGAACUUACCUAAGAUCGUUUGGUAGAAAGGGUGAUAAACAGGGAGAAUUUAACUAUCCUGUUGGGAUAGCUUUUGAUAACAAUGACCACAUUAUACUGGUAGACAGUGAUAAUCACCGAGUGCAAGUUUUUAGUGAGCAGGGUGAGUUCCUGAACCAGUUUGGUGGAAAGGGAAAUCUAGAUCACCAGCUCAAGGAUCCUUUUGGUUUAUCCAUAGACAGUGACGGAAAUUAUAUUGUUGCUGAUUCAAAUAACAAACUAAUCAAGAUCUUUUUUCCCAGUGGUCGGUUUUUAUAUGGCCAGUUGUUACACAAAAUUGGCGAAGAGGGUUCUUUUACCUUUCCCUUUCACUGUGUCCAAUAUGAAAACUAUCUUAUCGUGUCAGACAGUGAUAAACAUUGUCUUAAAGUGUUUGAUAGAGAUGGAAAAUUUUUGUACAAAUUUGGAAAAAAGGGGGAGGGAGACGGCGAGUUCAAUAAACCUCGUUGCGUUUCAGUUAACAAGGCUGGACACCUGAUGGUCUGUGAUCUAAGGAAUCACAGGGUUCAGGUCUUUGAACUUAGUGGAAAUUUUGUUGCAAAGUUUGGAACAAGAGGCAGCGGGAUAGGAGAGUUUAAUGUCCCACUCUCUACAGCAGUUCUCAGUGACGGUAGGAUAGUUGUGACUGACUUCAGUAACAACCGUAUUCAGAUUUUCGAGUAAAUAUGAUAUUCACUCACGUGUGACUUAAUAUUGUUUCCCUUGUAACAUUUCAGAUAAUAAUACAAUGAGUCAGGUUUCUUUAUAUGCAACCGUUAUUUGAGUAGAAACCCAUAAAUGCUAGAAAAUAAUAUACGAGUUUAAUGCAUUUAUUCGUUGUUUGAAUUUUUGUAUGCAGCAAAUUUACUGAUAGAGUUGGGGGUUAAGAAAUAUCAGAUAUUUUUGGCCAUUUAAAUGGCCAUUAUGUGCUUAUUUGUACUAAGUUAAG